CCCGCCCCGCGCCGCAGCGACAAGAUGGCGGCGGGCGGCAGCGGGCGCGCGUCGUGCCCGCCGGGGGUCGGGCCUGGCGCGGGCGGCCUGGGGCCCAGCGCCAACGCCGCCGCGGCCCCCGGCAACGCCGCCGCCUGCGCCCCCGGGCCGCCGCCCCCUCCAUCCCCGCCCCCCGGGCCCGUGCCGGACGCGCAGGCCGUGGGCGACGAGCGCGAGGACGCGGGCCCGGGCGCGCUGCUGCGCGAGCCCGUGUACAACUGGCAGGCCACCAAACCCACGGUGCAGGAGCGCUUCGCCUUCCUCUUCAACAACGAGGUGCUGUGCGACGUGCACUUCCUGGUGGGCAAGGGGCUCAGCUCGCAGCGCGUGCCCGCGCACAGGUUUGUGCUGGCCGUGGGCAGCGCUGUCUUUGACGCCAUGUUCAAUGGCGGGAUGGCUACCACAUCCACCGAGAUCGAGCUGCCUGACGUGGAGCCCUCCGCCUUCCUAGCACUGCUCAGGUUCCUGUAUUCCGAUGAGGUACAGAUCGGGCCUGAGACGGUGAUGACCACGCUGUACACCGCGAAGAAGUACGCGGUGCCUGCCCUGGAGGCGCACUGCGUGGAGUUCCUGAAGAAGCACCUGCGGGCAGACAACGCCUUCAUGCUGCUCACGCAGGCCCGGCUCUUCGAUGAGCCGCAGCUGGCCAGCUUGUGCCUGGAAAGCAUAGACAAGAACACGGCCGAUGCCAUCGCCGCCGAGGGCUUCACCGACAUCGAUCUGGACACGCUGGUGGCAGUGCUGGAGCGUGACACCCUGGGCAUCCGCGAGGUUCGGCUGUUCAGUGCUGUGGUGCGCUGGUCUGAAGCCGAGUGCCAACGGCAGCAGCUUCAGGUGACGCCUGAGAACAAGAGGAAGGCGCUAGGCAAGGCCCUGGGCCUCAUCCGCUUCCCGCUGAUGACCAUCGAAGAGUUCGCUGCAGGCCCCGCACAGUCGGGCAUCCUGGUGGACCGCGAGGUGGUGAGCCUCUUCCUGCACUUCACCGUGAACCCCAAGCCGCGCGUGGACUUCAUCGACAGGCCCCGGUGCUGCCUGCGGGGCAAGGAGUGCAGCAUCAACCGGUUCCAGCAGGUGGAAAGCCGCUGGGGCUACAGUGGCACCAGUGACCGGAUCAGGUUCUCCGUCAACAAGCGCAUCUUUGUGGUGGGCUUCGGGCUCUACGGGUCCAUCCACGGGCCCACCGACUACCAGGUGAACAUCCAGAUCAUCCACACGGACAGCAACACGGUCCUGGGCCAGAACGACACCGGGUUCAGCUGUGACGGCUCCGCCAGCACCUUCCGCGUCAUGUUCAAGGAGCCCGUGGAGGUCCUGCCCAACGUCAACUACACCGCCUGCGCCACGCUCAAGGGCCCCGACUCCCACUACGGCACCAAGGGCCUGCGCAAGGUGACCCACGAGUCGCCCACCACGGGGGCCAAGACCUGCUUCACCUUCUGCUACGCGGCGGGGAACAACAACGGCACCUCGGUGGAGGACGGGCAGAUCCCCGAGGUCAUCUUCUACACCUAGGCCCUCCCCACCCGGCCUCCCCACCCGGCCUCCCCACCCGGCCUCCCCCGGCCGCCCCUCCAUCCUGGCCGCCGUCCCAGGCACCGGGGAGGCGGUCGGCCCUGGGCUGGGCCCUGUCGAGACAAUCCCUCAGUCUUGGGGGCAGAGUGGGCCCGGCCCUGCGUGGACAGCUGUUGGGGCCGAGGGCCGUGGUUUGCCAGUCCGGUUCCCACUCCGCAGCCCAGGGCGGCAGGCCAGCUCGGGGCCGGGGCCUCGGCCGCGCCGUCCGUUCUCUGAAACUGCACACUGCAAUGCAUUGGAGCCCACACUGGGCGGAGCCCGCUCGGGCUGUCUUCCAGCCAGUGGUUUGGGUUCAUGUUCCUUUUGUUCGCCGCUGCUCCCUGGGGAUUCCAGGGCCUGAGCUGUGUGCACUGAGGCCACCGGAAGCCCUGGCCUCCUGGGCAUGCGCAGGCGCAGGGCCUGCGUCAGUCCGGAGGAGCCUUGGGCGGGGCUGUGUUCCCGCUCCUCCCGGCAGCGUCCCUGCGAGGCCGUCACCGCCCAGCCUCUGGACCAGCUCCUCCCUCCCGUGUGGCCAGCAGAGCUCAGCCCCGAGCGCAGGGCUGCAGCAGCGGGUCAACCCCAUCAAGAUGCGCUGGGCCUCCAGCUGGCCUGCUGUGGCACCCAGGGUACCGCGGAACACCCCUGUGCAGACCACAGCCCUGGCCCCCUAAGGCUACCAGGCACCUCGUCCAGUGAUGCCCUAGGAGGCUCCGCCCCUGUCUGGGGCCCCUCUCCCUCAUGUCUCCAUACCUGUGACUCCUGCCCGGAACCCAUGUCCUCCCCAAAGCCAUGGGAGGUGAGCCCUCCACACUGUGUCCCAGAUUUUUUUUUUUUUUUAAAUAAAGAAGCAUCCGCCUUGAGCCACUGA